GAACGAUCAUUGCCUAGCACUGAUUCAACAUUUCAGUACUCAUCAUUGCCAGGGACCCUAUAUUUUCAACUUUGCCCGCGGUGGGAGUGAAGAUAGCGCUUGCAGUCAUUGCAAUCAUCGACACAUCAAGUAAUAUUGUACUAUAGUGCAUGGCACUUCAGGUACUUCCAAGGCACUAUCUCUGAUGCUAUCGAAUGAAGUUCCGCCUUUGGCUUCUGACCAACUUAAGGCUGUGCCGCAGUACCGGUUUGGAGGCUUAAAAUAACUAGGGUGUAUCGCUCCGUCGCCAUUCAUCACUUGCGGGCAAGUACCACAAGGCGCAUACCGAGUACUGAGUACCGAUCUCUUAUCCUGAUAUGUCUUCCCUAUCGAUCUCAGACCUCACGAAGUUACAGACGGUCAAGUACGUCAAUUUGGGCAGUCUUGCAAUCCUCGCAUUUGAUUAUUGCAUCACUUUUGCUGAAGAGGUGCAAUGGACCUGGUCCAGGCCAUGGGAUGUAACUCGUAUCAUUUUCAUCAUUUCUCGAUAUUUGCCUUUCGCGGGUGUUGGAAUGACUGCAUAUGAUGCACUCCGUACCAGCAAUCAGUGUGCCUCUACUCUGGAAGGAAAUAUCAUUCACAUCAUAAGUAUCGUUGCCGCGGAAGCCUUGCUGGUUAUUCGGACCUGGGCGUUCUGGCAAAAGAGUAAAAAAUUGCUGAUCGGGUUAUUGGUUUAUAGUGUGUUGACAAUUGCCGCUGCCAUUGCCGCAGAUCUCAGCCCUACAAUGUUGAUUCCAGGAGAGGAGCCCCCCCUAGGGACCUGUUACUUCGAAAGCACACGCAACUCUGCGGUCGUAUACAUUUUCUUGGCGAUGUUUGAAUGCGUGAUAUUGACCCUUACUGUAUAUAAGAGGGUACACGACUAUCGAGACUUCCAGAGCGGAAUUGUAGUGACCCUGUACUACGAUGGCAUGAUUUACAUGUUGUGCAUCCUCACUAUCACAAUUGCUAAUGUCAUCAUUGGAGCUGCACUUGCGAGCGCCUAUAGCAAUAUGUUUGACACGCUACAGCUGGUCAUUCACAGUGUCCUGGCAUCGCGAAUUCUAUUCCGCCUUCGACAUAGGAAUGAACGUGUCCACGAAUCGUCCAUGUCAGAACCGAUGUUAGACAGUGUGAACUAUCUACGACCUGCGUCAAUGUCGAUGAGUGGGACGGGUACUACCAGAAGUGAUGUUUGAGGGAAUGUAGGUGUAUGCUGAACUAUCAACCUCUGUUAAAAUGAG